AUGGGGAAGCUCAACUACGCAGCGAAGAAGCGUAUCCCGCCUGGUAUCAGCUCCAAGGCUGCAGCACGCGACCCCCAUGUCGAGAUCGAUCUCACUGGCAAGGAACUCACUGACGAGGGGUUCGCUUUCUUCAUUGAUGAUCUCCUGGAGUGUAUCCAGUAUCGCGAUGAGGAACAUACCGAGGGUCUGGCUAGAGUGACUGAGCUCCACCUCCAGAAAAAUGAGCUUACUGCUCAGUCGCUGGCCAGGCUCGGUGAAGUGAUUGCCCUCAGUGCUGGCGACUUGCGAGAGCUUGAUCUUUCCCAAAAUGACAUUCGCGUCAAGACUCCUGAAGAGCAGAUGAUGUGGAGAGAUUUCCUCCUCUCGUUCAAGAACUGCUACAUGCUGAAGAAGCUUGACCUGGGAAGCAACCCACUUGGACCUGCUGGUAUUGAGAUCCUGGCUCGUGUCUACAUCAAGAGCGACCUUGACUUUCUUGAGACCGAUGCUGAUGCCAUCAUUGGUCCCCACGUCGACGAAACUACCGAUAUCGUCGAACAAGUUACUGCGCUCAAGAUUCGCCCCGAGAAGGAUAAAGAGAACGACGCUCCGAAAAAUCGUGCGAAGAAACUGCUUGGAAAGGCGAAGGCUCCUCGUCAGAAUGGCCACUCCAACACUGUGCCCAACGUGACCGAAUUGAAGCGCUAUGCUUGCACGCGCGGCCUUCGCUCGAUCCCCUACCUCAUCAUUACCGAUGUCUCCAUGACCAGCAGCAGCGCUGUGCAGCUCGCCAGCAUGCUUGUCAUCCAGCGGACUCAGGAGCAUCUUUUGAGCUUUCUUCCUGGUGGAAAAGCAGUGACUUUGCCUGACGCAGUCUCCGAGUGCAAGAGCAUUGUCUGGAAGCCCAACGACAGUCUCACUCCCCACGCGAAGCGCCUUCUCGAGGUAGUUGCAGCCAUCGGUGACUUACAGGGGGGCUCCGUCUCCGAAGAUGAGGAAUCUGACGACGCGGACGCUAAUUACGGGGAGACCGAUACCAUUGCACAGCGCAAACUGCAGAAGAAGAUGGACUUGGAGUACACCCGCUUGACCAAGCGUGUCCGCAUGGAGGCACUGAAGGUCGAAGGACUGCACAGCAUGGAGCUCUGGGCCACCUCUCUGAAGAUGAUGGUUAUCUCGCGUGUUCUUUUGCUUGACGACAAAGACCGCGCCGCCGGCGAGCCCUCUGACGAGUCGCUGACCGGUGAACAUGAAGAAACUACAGAGACCAUCAAAGAAUGCGAGGAGGAGCAUGUCGAUGAAUACGUCCAGAAUCACAUGCAGAACAAUAGCACCCUCAAGAUCGUCACCAGACAGAGCCCUCCUCCUUACUGUGUGCAGUCUCCAUCCCUGGGUCCCUUCCAGCCCGGCAGUGACAUUUUCGAGGAGCACUUCCCUGCCCUGCAGGCCCCUGUCAUCCGGCUAACCAGCAACGGCAAUCACCAGGCCGUCUCUGUCCACGAGAAGGAGAUCCCUAUCCAGGAGAAAGAGGCUACUCCGUCCGCGUCGUCGCUGUCCCCUUCUAAGGACACGGCCAAGGCAGGAAAAGGAAACCCUCGCGUCUCGAACGGCAAUAAACUCUUCCACAAGAAACACUGGCGCUUUGGUCUUCCACUGGAGCUCUGGCGCAGGGUCAUCGCCGAGGCUGUUGGUGCUGACGGCAUUUUGGACCUUCAGCAGCAGAUGCAAAUCAUGCGCUAUGCCUCCGAUUGGAACUCGGUUGAGUACGAGAUGACUAUUACUGGAGCUGAGGAUCACCAGCAGAUCUGGAAGAUCUUGGAGACGGUCAACUGCUUUACUUACAGUCCUUUAAAACGGCGGAGGACACACGCGGCUUGGGUAUGGCUUGGAGAGUUGGAGAGAUUGCAUGUAGCUAAUCGUUCAGGCGGAUAUUCAGGGAUUUGGCUUGGCAACAGUAGUGCGCGUGACACGCUCCGCCCACGCCUUGGGCGGAUUCCCGUGGGGAAACUCAACCUGCGGCACAUCCCUCCCCAGAAACCUACACAAUCAUCGGAACAUGCUGCUUAUACACCCAUUUCUCGUUCGCGACAGACCGCCCCUGAAAGGAACGCGGCAUCAUCGUCCGACACAUCGUCUGCCGGCUCCAGAACAACUCCGCGCAGAACCAGCUCCUGCAUCAGUCCCAAUCUACCGGCGGUACCACCCGUCGCGAUCGUGGCGGAAGUUGAGGGUCACCUUCGCGUCUGGGUGUGCGGCGAUGAGCUCCGGGGCGAACUCCGCCGCGAUCAGAUCGGUGACGCCCACGCAGUUGCCGAGGACGGUGUCGAAGUUGGGGCUGUGAGCUUGGUGGUGGUACCUGGGGUAGCGGGGUGGUGCAUCUCUUCGAGGAGUCGGUAG